AUGCGGCAAUUGACAAGAAACCCAAAUUUCCUAUCAUUUAUACUUGUCGUUGCUUUUAUUGAUGCAAGCGAACUAUCACAUUGCUGCACAAUUGGUAAGAUACAUUUUGAACAGUUAUUAUCGUGUGCUGAAAUAAAGCUUAAUGAAACGGCUAGUACCUGCAUCCUGACAGCAUCGAUAUGCUGCAUGGAUACAUUGCUGGAGCAUAAUUGCAAUUAUGGUAUAAAAAUGGCUGAAAGCGAAGAUCAAUGUUUAUUAAAUAUUACUGACAUUGGCGGAGGAAUUCGUAAGGAAUGUUGUGAAUGUUGUCUCUUGGCCAAGGAAUUAUCACGAAAUGAUAAAAGCUGUGUAGCACCGAAUGGUUUUGGCGCAGCAUGUUUGCGCUCCUUUCAUCAAUGCUGUUUUGAAAAUGCAAAAUCAAAACAAUAUCAUCGUUAUGAAAGUAAUUCGGAUUUGCUGGAUCUUUUGAGUGUUGGUGAUCGUUGCAUAUCUACAAAAUGUGAACAUCUAUGUACAGACCGAGGAGGUGCUACAGUGGAGUGUUCUUGCCAUCCCGGGUAUGAAUUAGGACCGGAUGGUUACUCUUGUAUUGACAUAAACGAAUGCGAUGCACGGGAUUCGGUGUGCCCAUUGCCUAAUUCAUUAUGUCUCAAUACACCUGGAUCGUUCUCCUGCGUUUGCUUACCAGGCUUCUAUUGGAGUGAUAUUGGCUCCGUUUGUGUAGAUAUUGAUGAAUGCUUACUACUAGCGGAUGAUUGUUUGGAAAGUCAACGUUGCUUGAAUACUCCUGGCUCAUUUAAAUGCAUACGAACAUUGUCCUGUGGUACUGGAUAUGCUCUGGAUAGCGAUACUGAACAGUGCAUUGAUGUGGAUGAAUGCAAUCUUGGUUCUCAUGACUGCGGACCAUUGUAUCAAUGUCGUAAUACUCAGGGCAGCUAUCGUUGUGAUCCGAAGAAGUGUGCUGAAGGUGAAUUGAUGAAUCCACGAACUGGUGAAUGCACAAAUAUGGACUGUCCUAUAGGUUAUAAACCAAUUCGUGGACGUUGUGAAGAUGUCAACGAAUGCGAAAUAAUAGGGCGAUGUGCGCAAUUUGAAGAAUGCAUAAACACUCCUGGUUCAUUCCGCUGUCAAGAACGAGGAAACUUAUGUACAAACGGUUAUCGUAUGGAUCGAGAUACUGGAUUCUGUGUCGAUAUUAACGAAUGCGCCGAUGGGACUCAUUUUUGUGGUGACAAACAAUGCAUUAACUUAUUGGGUAGCUAUAAAUGUCGUUGUUCAGCGGGUUUUGAAUUCAAUGAUACGACAAAACGUUGCGAAGACGUAGAUGAAUGUAAGAAGUUUGCGGGACACGUCUGUUCGUUGCAUGCAACUUGCGAGAAUACGUAUGGAUCAUUCAAAUGUCACUGUAAAGAUGGCUUCAAGAUUGCCAAAGACGCGCGAAACUGUGAUGAUAUUGAUGAAUGUAGUCUUGGUAAAGCAAACUGUGCGCAAAAGUGUAUCAAUAUACCUGGCAGUUACCAGUGCAUUUGUGAGCGCGGUUAUCGUCUCGGUGCUGAUGGUGUUACCUGUGAAGAUAUUGAUGAGUGUACUCUUUGGGCUGGUUCAGGUGAUGACCUUUGUAUGGGCAGAUGCAUUAACACUCCAGGUUCCUACAAAUGUCAGUGUCCUGUUGGUUAUGAAAUACAAGAAGAUGGCCGAACAUGUAAAGAUGUUGAUGAAUGUGCCAAAGGUGAGUGUCAAGGGAACGAUCAGAUUUGUGUAAAUACAUUGGGAAGCUUUAAAUGCCAUGUAAUACGUUGUCCACUGAAUUACAUGCACGACAAAAAUUAUAAAAAUCGCUGUAACCGAUUGAGCCAUUUAUGCGAUUCAUUAACUGAAGAAGCGUGUAAAAAUCAUGCGAUACGCAUAAGUUGGGAGUUUACAUCCAUACCAAAACAAGAACCAAUUUCAUCGAGACGAACUUCCAUCACACUAUUUACUGUUCGUGGCCCAACGUCACCUUCAAGCAAUGUUCAGUUCGAAUUGAAGUUGAAAAGCGCCAUACCAGAAAAAUUCUAUGUAUUACCGGCAGUACGAAGUAAUUUUCUAUUGCAAAAAAGUGAGGAAAAAAAUGGAGCAAUAAUUGCUCUGAGAGAUUCGCUGGAUGGACCGCAGGAGGUCAUUUUAGAGCUUAUUUUAAGACUUAGUAUUAAUGGUGUAUUUCAGAGAAAGGAUUAUUUGACUAUGGUGACGUGUGGAUCACCUAUUUUCACUUCUAUUUCAAGCAAAUCAGGAAAUAAUAUUUUGGUGGACGAUGGUUAUUCCUGCCUAAAACGAUGCUAUCCAAAUGAUCCAGCUUGUAUCAGUAAUCAUACUCAAGAGAUAUUAUAUCAGUUCAGAAGUUUACCAUCCACCAAACACGUAAAACAUCCAAUCGAAAUUUCUCAUGUACGAGCGCAAAUGGAUACGCCGUUUUCAGUGGAAUAUAAAAUCGAUAAGGCGAAUCGAGACAGAUUUGUGGUACAACAGGAUCAAAAUAUAGGCAUUGUAAAAAUGAUAGCACCUAUUGAGGGACCAAAAACGGUUGUUGUAAUGCUACAUCUCAAUAUUUAUUCACGGUCUCAUGUACUUUUAACACAUAACAUUGCCAUCAUAACUGUAUAUGUUUCAUCGUAUACUUUCUGA